AUUCAUAUUACGCUGUAUUGAGUGAUCUUAGCGUACAAUCACUACCGCACUGACCAUUGGGUGACACUUCAGAGACAUACACAUGACUGACAUGAGUGACAGUAAGUCCAGUGUUGAGCAACACAUUGGUCUCGAUCUGGAGACCAUGGAUGAGCACAUGGAUGAGCACAUGGAUGAGCACAUGAAUCCCGUGGACAGUGCCUCUGAGCAGCAAAUGAGCGACAAAGAGAAACAUCAGUGUUGGGUGUGUUUUGCCAAUGAAGGCGAUGAUGAGGACGACAAUGAAUGGGUGCAUCCGUGUCGAUGUCGAGGCAGUGCCCAAUGGGUACACCAGCAGUGUCUUCAGCGAUGGAUCGAUGAGAAGCAACGGCUGAACAGUUCAGCGCAAGUGGUUUGCUGUCAAUGCAAUACUCAAUAUCUGCUCCUCUUUCCCACCACUGGUCGAUUUCUGUUCACAAUUGAAUGGUGCGAUCGACUCAUAUAUACGGGUUUGUGGUCUUUGUGGUACUCUUAGGUGUCACUCAAUACAUGAUAAUAUCUUUGACAGCGUCGCCAUUCUUAGCGGUCACUUGUAUUGUGGGCUCAAUCUAUUGGACAGCCGUUAGUUACGGAGCCCUCACUGUUAUGCAAGUUAUGGGUCAAGAGGAGGGCAAGACAUGGCUGGAGUCGAUGGACUCAAUUAUGCUAUUAAUUGGAUUACCAGCCAUUCCCGCCGUUUUGAUUCUAUCGAAAUUGAUCCGAUGGGAGGAUCAGGUGCUGAGGUUAUGGCGAAGAAAUCACCACAAAAUUCCAUUCUUAGAUUAUCUGAUCGGAAGUCCCCCCGAAAAGACUCGAGAGAGCGCUGAAAGAAAUCUGUAUUCAAGUGACAGUCUUUCGGAUCCCAUUUCCAUUUGCCGGGUCUUCUGUGGGGCACUCCUAAUGCCUACGGCUAGUUGGCUGAUGGGCCGAUGUCUCUACGAUAAAAUGAUUGCCUCUAAUUUGCAUAAAACCAUUUUGGGCGGAAUUACAUUCAUUUUAACAAAGGGUUGGCUUAAGAUAUAUUUAAGACAACAACAGUUCAUUAGACAAACCAAACGAAAAGUGCUUAAUUUCAACGAAGAUAAGAGACAACAAACCACACAAAUGCCUGAAAUACAAGAGCCAUGACUUGUUUCUACUGUUUUUUAUUAAAUAAUUAAGUUUUGUUACGGUAUUAAAAAAUGUGUUUAAA